CUUUAGAAACACAUGUCAUGCUUCCCCUCUAUUCCGUACACUCCCGGUCCCCGCCACCCUCUCCUCCCACCAGAGCACAAUGCACAAUGCACAAUUCACAAUGCACAAUGGCACCAUCACUCUUCCUUCCUCUGUCCUUUCAUUCAUGUGAGUGACAAGCCAUGUGACCCCAACAGCACACACCCCUUCCUCCUCAACUCAACACUAUUUACAUGGGAAUGGUAAAAAACGUACAACAUACCCAUAUAGCCACAGGGGAGCUAAACCUAUUGUCACAUUCUGCUUUGCAUUUGAUGAUUAUCUGUAGUCUUGCGGCGUGUAGAAUUGUUAGUAUUCUUUCCGUGUUGGGAGGUUAUGAACUUGCAAAUAAACUAUUGGCAUUGGUGGUUUUAACUUCACAUUAAAUAUUCUAUAUUGCAUUUUUCAUAAUAGAGAGAGAGAGAUUCGGUCCCUUGAUUGGAAAUUCCCAAUUUUAAGGUGUUGAGAACUGAGAAGUAGUGUAUUUAUAGUCGGGAGAGAAGGGUUAGGACUUGAAGGUGAGAUUUUCAUGUGGAAGGUGGUUUAUUUCAAAUAUAAGUGUGAGAUAUGCUGGGCUCUGAUGAUGGUGAUGUUGAUGUGUUCUUCGACUCUGUGGAUAGUUUCUCAGCUCAAGAUUGUCUUUUAGCGACAGAAUUUGGUUGUGAUUAUGAAGAAAUUUGGGUGAAAGAGCCUGUUAGUGUGAAGGAGAGGAGGGAACGUUUUCUGCAGGGUAUGGGUUUGACUCAUGCUUCUUCCAAGGUUUGUUCACAAGAGAAAAUGUGCUUUGAUGACUCAUCCACCAGCCUGGGAUUGGAGAGGAUCAGGGAGUGCAGUGGGGCAAUCUCAAAUGCUUGCUCUACACAAACUGAUCAAGUAUCCGAGGAGUUAGUUCUCUCUGGAGGGAAAGCAGCUACUGUAGCAAAAGUCUUUUUGGACGAAGCAAAAGGGUGUCUCCAAGAUGAAGCAGAUGCAAAGUUACAAUGGAAAGUGCAUGAGGUCUCUUCUAUAGCUCAGCAGCACAGACACACAGAAGCUGAUUCACAAGAAGUAUUUCAGGAUUUUGAUAUCGGUAAAAGGAAGAGGAAAAAAUGGUGGAAGCGCUUUGUUAACGUGAGGAAAGGUGGAGAAGGAAAUGUUAGAUCAAAAUUGAAUGCAGGGACAAAUAAAACUCGAAGAAUAAAGGUAACACGGAAUAAAAAGAGGUGGCUGGAGUUCAGUGGGCUAUACAUUGGACAAGAGAUUAGAGCACACAAAGGCCUAAUCUGGACCAUGAAAUUUAGUCCCAAUGGUAAGUAUUUAGCGAGUGGAGGUGAAGAUGGUGUUGUGCGCAUUUGGCGUGUUAUAUCAAUGAAUAAAUCCAAUAUUUGUUUCACCCCAGAAGAUAGUACUUCUAAUAUCAAAGUGGAAUGUGACAGCUCUUCUCCUUGGGAGAAACACCCAAGCCAACCCUUCGUUUUCCUUCCAAAUAGUAUUUUUCAGAUUGAGGAAUCACCCCUGCAAGAACUCUUUGGUCAUUCCAGUGAUGUCUUGGAUUUGGCUUGGUCCAAUUCAGAUAUUCUCCUUUCAUCUUCUAUGGAUAAGACUGUUCGCUUGUGGCAAGUUGGCUGUAAUCAAUGUCUAAAUGUUUUCCGGCACAAUGACUAUGUGACAUGCAUUCAGUUCAACCCUGUUGAUGAAAAUUACUUCAUUAGUGGGUCCAUUGAUGGCAAGGUUCGAAUAUGGGGAUUACGUGAACAGCGAGUUAUUGACUGGGCAGAUAUAAUAGAUGUCGUAAGUGCUAUAAGUUACCAGCAAAAUGGGAAGGGGUUUAUAGUUGGUUCUGUUACGGGCACUUGUCGUUUUUAUGUGGCUUCAGGAAAAUAUUUCCAGCUUGAGGCGCAGAUAGAUAUCCAUGGAAAGAAGAAAUCAUCAGGCAACAAGAUUACUAGCAUUCAGUUCUCCCAAAAAAACUGUAAGAGAAUUAUGAUCACAUUAGAAGAUUCCCAAAUUCGUAUAUUUGAUGGCAUUGAGCUGGUUCAGAAAUACAAAGGUCUUCCUAAGUCAGGAAGUCAGAUGUCUGGUUCAUUUACAUCAAGUGGAAAACAUAUGAUUUCGGUUGGAGAGGACUCCCAUGUAUAUAUUUGGAACUUCGAUGACUUGGGGAAUGCUUCUUCAAAACAGACGAAAUCCAAAAACUCCUGUGAGUACUUUUUCUCCAAGGGUGUUACUGUUGCAAUACCUUGGCCAGGUAUGAAAUCAGAUCAAGGGGGUUCUAGUGGUAAUUUUUCCCACCAUUCUUCAGAAAGGCAAACUCAACUAGAGGUUGCUCCUGAGGCAAGAGAUUCUGAACGCUUUUCUCUUGGUAAUUGGUUCGCCAUUGAUGGCACAUGUUGGGGUUCUAUGACAUGGCCUGAGGAGAAACUUCCAAUCUGGAAUUUACCUAUAGCAGCAGAUGAAUAUGAUCAAAAGCAGUUAUGUCACAAAGAUCAUUGCCAUGACAGAAGUGUAUCAGAAACAUGGGGACUAUCGAUUGUGGCAGCUAGUUGUGAUGGAACUAUCAAGACAUUCCACAACUUUGGAUUGCCCGUUAGAAUUUAGGACAAUGGCAUGGUUAUGUUGGUGUUGAAUAACAAAAUAACUAGCUCCUGUUUAAGGAUCAUUGAUGCAGCCCGGAUACCCUCCAUGUAUGAGAACUUUAGCCACUUCCUUUAAGGCUUUGUUUGGUUAGGGUGGAAUUUACAACGGUGUUUUAAGGCCUAGAAUCAUGCAAUGUAAGUGGCUAGAUAAUUGGGAAGACGGAAUUUGAAGCCCAUGGUAUCCUGGCCAUAGCCUCUGCUUAUAUGAUGAUCAUUACUAAAUCCAUGUUGAAAGUCAAGGCUCUUGACAUGUUCAAGGAAUGUGUACACUUAAAACACUUGUAAUAUGCCUCUGGUGGCGGAAGCAAGCCACAGAUAACACGAGAAUCCUAAUCACUUUUUUACACUCACAUUUUAGAUGAUUUAUACACCAAGGUACAAAUUUAAAUGCAAUUGAAAUUUUAUUUAGUUA